CGGUAAUAGAAAGUGACACAAAUCCCAGCAAUGUUCCUUCUCCCCGGUCAGAGAAGCAGAACUCUGUCUAAGAUUUGUGAGGCAUAAAAAAAGACCAAUAAUCAUUUGCAUCUUUGCUACAACAGAGGAGCAGAUUCAUUGUUUCACGGUUUGCAUGGAUUUUUGUGUGAUAGCUAAAAAAUGAUGAUGCCAAAUUUAGGAUCAAAGAAGAAAGACAAUCUAUCCAGAAUGGAUAGAUACACUGAGGACUUGCCAAAGCUGAGCAAUGAGAUGCAGCUGAGCAUCAUGAACAAGGUGAAGAACGGAGAGUUGUCUAUCGAGGAUGCUCUGAACCUUGCCAGGAAGGACCGGGACCAGCUGCUCAAACAGCAGAACCUGGCUGAAGAGGAGCAUCGAGCAUCACAGCACAACUUCAGUGUUCAUAAACACAGUCACUACAGGUGGCAGAAGCGGGUUCUUCAGGUUGACUUCAAGACCAAAAUGCUGUGCAGCAUAGAGAAAGGCAUCAUCAACCGACAACUUCCGUUCUCCAUCGUCAAGAGCUGUGAUGAUGGAGUCGGUUCCAGGUUCUCCAUCUCCUUUAAAGGACAUCAUGACUAUGAACUGGAGGCCACGUCACUGGAAGACAAACACAAGAUAAUGCAGCUUGUGAACCAGAUAAUUUAUGGGAACAUAUACAGUGAUCCUGAAGAGGGAAAUGCAGAAACUCAUCAGCAGCCUCAGGCAACACAGAGCCUUCGGGAAGGCGUCUUGUUACUACACAGAGGAGGCCUGGCAUCAUUCAGAUGGGUGAAAUACGAGGUCCAGCUUCACCCGGGCCAGCUAACACUGUUCCCCUUCAGGUGUCGAGGCCCCGCUGACGAUGAGGUGACACCCUCAGUGCCCGUGUCCAUCGUCAUUCACCUGUCAGACGGUGACACCAGCGCACAGAAAGCUCCCAGCCCGGACACUUUCACCCUGAUCACCCACAAAAAUGAAUACCAAUUCAAGGUGCCUGUAUCAGAUCAAACCAGUGCCCAAGGGGCUGUCCAGAGGGAGCGAGACGCUUGGGUCCAUGCCAUUGAUAAACUGUGUGCAGACUGGAAGAGGAAGUCCAAGGGCAAACACACAUUCGUAGAAACAAAGAUUCUACAAAAUCUCAGCAUAGCCGAAGACGCGGAGGACACCAAUAGAGAUCUUGAGUCAAGCGGUGGAUUUAGUGGUGGCACUAUCAUUUAUCCUCCAGGUGAUUAUGUAAAUGCUGAUCCCACUUCCAGCGGUGACAAAAGUGGAACUUAUCCCUCUGCUGAUUAUACAAAGCCUGUUCCUGCACCUCGCAGCCCGUGGAAGGCUGCUGCUCAAGUUAUCGGACAUGAUACUUUGCCUCCUGUCCCGGCGCCAACCUCUCCCUGUGCUGUUGCCUUAUCAUCACCCACCUCUCCCCCACCCUCACCUUCCCGUAUUCCCCUCACAUCCUCCUCCACAGUCCCAGAGUCUCUUAAACAUGAAUCAGGCUCGUCGGUUGUGAAAGGGCCUUCGCCCCCGAGCAUCCCGGCCGCCCCACCUUUACCCUUCAAACCGAGGACAAACUUAAGAAAAAUACAUACCAAGGCUUUCCACUGGGACCUAGUUGGCUCAGAGAAGAUUGCAAAAUCAUUUUGGAUACAGGAAAGCGGCGGGAGGAUUGAAAUCGACACAUCACGCUUAUACGAGCAAUUUGCUGUUAGAGAUCUGGGGACGUUCGGUGCGGCUGAGCAGAGCAACACCCAGCAUAUUAUGCUCAACCAGAAGAUUGCACACAACUUCAACAUUUUCCUCAAAAGUUUUCCAGUGCAGCCGGGAGAGCUGAAGGACAAACUGUUCAUCGUUAACGAGGAAGAUGGAGGCCUGUCUGAUGAGCACAUCACCUCUCUGAGGAGGUAUGUCCCCACAGUGGAUGAUGUGGAAAUGUACAAAUCCCACCAGGGACCAGUGACAGAACUACAUAUUGUGGACCAGUACAUGAUGGAGAUGUGCAACAUCCCCUACCUGAGCACACAACUCGACCUGCUGCUGAGUCUGAGAGAGCUCCCGAUCGGCAUGAACGACCUGCAGCCCCUGAUUAACCAGAAGAUCAGAAUGUGCAUGCAGCUGUACAACUGCAGGUCAUUUGUUUCCGUGCUGGAGUACCUCCUUGCCAUUGGCAAUUACCUCAACGAGAAUGCCGGAAAGGAAAAGGCCAAGGGAUUCCGCCUCUCCUCCUUAACUAAACUCGCCCAGCUCCGUGGGAGAGACAGGAAGUUCACCUUGCUCCAUGCCCUUGUGGAGCAGAUCAUGUUGCAUGAACCGUGCUUGGCCACUUUCACCGAAGAGCUGGCAGAAUUUGAAACUGUCCCUGGAGCUUCCAUCAAGGGCCUGACCGCAGAAGUAGAUGUCCUGAAGAAUGAACUGCAGAAAGUCAUUCAGUACAGAAAAACUUCCAAGAAGAGAAAUGCUGGAGCUCAUCACCCAAACUUCUCCAAAGACCUGAAGACAGCGAUUGAGAAGUACAACACGGAUCUCGCAGCACUGACAAAGACUUGUGAGGAGAUGAAGAAACUCUACUCUGUCAUACUGGUUAAAUUUGGAGAACCAGCGAAUCAAGACUCUCAGGAUCUCUUUGGGUUGAUCUGUCAAUUCGUCCUCGACUUCAAGAGGGCACAUGCUGAAACUAUAUGAGUUACACAGUAUGAAGUAAAUAUUAGUGACCACUGGGACUACAGUGAAGCUUACUGAGCAAACAAAGUUAUAGUCACUACUCCAAAAUAAGAAUAUUACUUGAUAUUAGAAAUAAUUAAUGAUGAGUUGGGUUGGAUUGGAUUUAGAGUAUAUUUUCUAUAUUUUUCCCCUGUUUUGUUGCACAGAUAUUUCAUCUUACAAUGUGCCCUGGAUGUGAUUAAUUGUAUAGACAUAAGAAGUGCACAGUGAUGCUCAUGCACCUGAACAACAGAUGCUGAAAUCAAUUUUGUGAAUAUAAAACUGAUCAAUGCUGAGUUAUUUCAUGUCAGAGAUGGGCUUGAUUUGAGUUGACUUCAUAUUUACUUUGAGACAAAUCAGUUAUGACAGAUGUGAAACUCCUAUACAUAGGAGUUAUGACAGGAGUUAACAUAGACAACACUUGAGAUAUUCUGAAUAUGUAAUCUUGCUGUGGUCAGGGACAUUUGCUCUCCCAGCGCUGCAGAAGGAGCUCCAAGGCCACCUCUGAUUCAGGACCACAUCUGCACUGUGGAAAAGUUGCACAUUUUCUCAUGCAAAAGCCAGAAGAAACCACCAAUUUUAAUUAAAACUUUGGUGAUUUUUUUUUGAGCAGGAAGCACUCAAAACUAUUUCAUUAAAUUAAAUAAAUGAUUUCCCUCACAGAGCUUUAUCUUAUUUUUAUUUUUUUUUUAUUCCAAUUUGUCAGAGUUGUAGCUGGAUGGAUCAUUAAGGCUUAUUUAUUUAUAUAUUUCUAGACAUUACGUCUUUGUUGCCGCUUUUGAAAUUAAAAACAGAUAAGUAGCUUAACCUUGAGCAUGUACACAAAAUCAACGCUAAAAGUCACUUCAAAUCUUACAGAUCUCCAUUUUCUCUUAGUUUGGAAUUAAUUUCAUUUUUGAAGAGAAUCACAGACACAUAAAUGCAAUCAUUGCCCCUUUGUUAUAGGUGACAAUCAGUAUUGCAGCCAUUCUGUUUCUCAAGCAUUUUGUUGCAGGAGGGUUAAACCUCUGUUUGUAUGGACUCGACACUGCCUUUUACUUUCGAUUCUCCAAGUCAUCAACUAGUUUGUAUAAAAACAAGGUAUCAUAUCUGAUUUUUUCCCUGCACAUGUACAAGUUUGUUUAAAUGACAGGAUAUUUUUAUUCCAUUUGAUAUGCAUUGUAAAAGCUAAAUUACUUUUCCCUUUUUAAAGCUUCCAUAUUAUGUAAUAUGAGAUUCAUGUAUUUUCUAUGCCUCCACACGGGCGACCGCCAUGAAUGACGUUUGGAAAUCUAUCGAUACACCUUAAAUGUCAUUACUAUAACUUU